AUGUAUGGAGAAGAGGCUGUGCCAGUUGUGAUCGAUAACGGUUCUGGAGUUAGCAAGUCAGGUUUUGCCGGCGAGGAUUCGCCACGCUCUGUCAUUCCUUCGGUCAUCGGACGUCCCAAGUAUGAGUCGGUGAUCACUGCAAUGGCCGAGAAGGAUGCAUAUGUGGGGGAUGAGGCACAAACAAAACGUGGUAUGCUCUUCCUCAAACAUCCUAUUGAGCAUGGUUAUGUGAAUGAUUGGGAGGACAUGGAGAAACUCUGGAAUCAGAUCUUCUUUAAUGAGCUUCGUGUUAAUCCAGAGGAGCAUCCAGUUCUUCUCACUGAUCCACCACUUAAUCCAAAGGCAAAUCGGGAACGAAUGGCCACUAUUAUGUUUGAAACAUUCAACGUUCCUGCAAUGUAUAUUGCACUGCAAGCUGUUCUAGCCUUGCAUGCGUCCGGAAGAAUGACCGGUCUUGUGUUAGAUUCCGGUGAUGGAGCAACUCAUACCAUUCCAGUCUACGAGGGUUAUGCUAUCACCUCAGCAAUUGACAGAUUGGAUCUAGCGGGGAGAGAAGUGACUGAAUACCUAAUGCGACUGCUUCGUGGACGUGGAACUGCCUUUCGCUCUACCUCCGAACGUGAAGUGGUUCGUGAAAUUAAGGAGCGUCUCGGUUAUGUUGCUCGUGAUUUUGAGGAGGAAUUAAUUCGUGCAGAAACGACUGGAGAAGUUGAAAAGAACUAUGAACUACCAGAUGGUCAUGUAAUCACCAUAGGAAGUGAACGAUUUCAGUGUGCAGAGGCAUUAAUGCGACCGUCUCUAAUUGGAAAGGAGUGUCCUGGUCUAGCAGAAUCCGUUUUUCAGUCAAUUGGACGGUCCGAUAUGAAUACACGUAAAGAUCUCUACUACAAUGUAGUGCUCUCUGGAGGCUCAACAAUGUUUCCCGGUAUGGCAGAUCGACUAAAGAAGGAUAUUUCUGAGAUGGCACCCUCAUCAGUGAGUGUACGAAUUGUGGCUCAACCUGAGAGGAAGUAUUGCGUGUGGAUAGGUGGUUCAAUACUGGGAUCUCUAUCCUCCUUCAGAAAGGUGUGGAUUUCCAAAGAGGAUUACGAGGAGGUUGGACCUGGUAUUGUUCACAAGAAGUGUCUCUAG